CAGCCUUACUCGGCCUUAGCUGAGUAAGAGGUGGGAACGGUGCCCAUCGGAAAAAGGAUCCCGAAGAGAUCUGUGCGUGGGUAUCGAGUGGAAGAGCCUCUGGCCGUUUGCUUCCCGAGCGCGGCUGGGCAGCCGGGGCCGUGCCUGUAAUCACGCGUGUCCUCUCUUAGGGUGACGCGCGUGCUCUGCGGAACUGUGUUGCUGCGUAGGGAUGUGGCCCACCUUAAAUUAGUUACCGUGUAACGAUCGGGGUUUUCUUCACCAGAAGAGUGUGGCCUGAGUCUGGUUUUUGGUAUUUAUAAGUUUUCUUAGGCCUUUGUUGUCAGUGAGGGCAUUUGUUGUUAUUAAUCUCUUAAUCAGGCAUUGAGACUUUAAGGUACUAAAGCUCACAGCUGUCCUCAUGAAAUAAUGUUUCAUGAUUUUCUUCCUCUAAUUAGGGUUCUUCAACCUUUGUUACCAAAGUGGGUGCCAUCCAGCAUUACAGCUCUGUUAAUAAACAGAUAAAAUAACACUUCAGAAACAGAAUGUGGCUUACCUUUUGCCUGAAAAGGUGAAAUCUUUUCAAACAGAAAUGGCUGAUAAAGGUGGGAAGAUCAUUCCAGGACAAUUGUACAUUGAAGUGGAGUAUGACUAUGAGUAUGAGGCCAAGGACAAGAAGAUUGUGAUUAAGCAAGGGGAGAAAUACAUCUUGGUGAAAAAGACUAAUGAUGACUGGUGGCAAGUCAAAAGAGAUGAAAAUUCCAAACCCUUUUAUGUGCCAGCACAGUAUGUGAAGGAAAUACCACGAAAAGCGCUGAUGCCACCUGUCAAGCCUGCAAGCAUGCUGCCAAAUAAUGCUUUGAAGUUGACACAUGGAUUACAGAGAUCAACUGAAAAUGUGAAUAAGUCACCAGAGCUUUCUAGUUUUGGAAAAUCUUCUCCAGUUCAAGUGUCUUGCUUAGUUCGAGAUGCUAAUCAAAAUCUGGGACUGAACAAUAGCCCCGGUCAAACUCUAGGUUUGAGUCUGGACCUUACCCAAAACAAUGGCAAGCUUAACAAUGAGUUGCAAUCUCCCAAGGUUUCCAAUCAGUAUAGAACCAUCUCCAUGGGUCAUUUCCCAUGUCCCGAGUUCUUGGAAAUAGAGAAGACCAGCUUUUUGCAUGAACAAUCUUGUGAUUCAGCAGGAGAAGGCUCAGAAAAAAUUCACCAAGAUUCGGAGUCUGGAGAUGAACUCAGUAGUAGCUCCACAGAACAAGUGCAGCCAACUACUCCACCAAGCCAAGGGAGGCCUGAUUCACCAGUUUAUGCUAAUUUACAAGAACUGAAAAUAUCUCAGUCUGCACUUCCGCCACUACCUACAAGUGCUCCAGUCCAAAUAAAUGGGGAAUGGGAAACCCAUAAAGAUACAACAGGACGCUGUUAUUACUACAACAGAGGAUCACAAGAACGGACCUGGAAACCUCCGCGGUGGGCCCGAGAUGCAAGCAUUAAUAAAGGGGAUUCCCAGAGCCAUGCAGAUCAUGAGCAUCUUUCAUCAGAAGAAAACGACCACAGUUCUUGUUACAGCCAGUCAGAUAGUCAGUAUGGUUCUCCUCCAAAGGGUUGGUCAGAAGAGUUGGAUGAACAUGGUCAAACCUUAUAUACCAAUGACUAUACUAAUGAAAAGUGGAUAAAACACGCAGAUGAACAAGGCAGACCAUACUACUACAGUGCUGAUGGUUCCCGAUCAGAAUGGGAGUUACCUAAGUAUAAUGCUUCACCACAGCAGCAGAGAGAUAUAAUAAAGAGUAGGAGUCUCGACAGGAGGCUACAAGAACCAAUAGUUUUAACAAAGUGGAGGCACAGCACAAUUGUGUUGGACACCAAUGAUAAGGAAUCAUCAACUGCUUCUAAGGCCAGUUUUCCUGAAAAUGAGUCCUCUCCUUCUUCACCAAAGCAUCAAGCCACAGGUCAAGAGAAGUAUGGGUUAUUGAAUGUGACAAAAAUUACAGAAAAUGGGAAGAAAGUUCGAAAGAAUUGGAUGUCGUCAUGGGCAGUAUUACAAGGUUCGUCACUGCUGUUCACUAAAACUCAAGGAAGUGGAACUGGAUGGAAGUUUGGUGUCAAUCAGUCUAAGCCAGAAUUUACAGUGGAUCUCAAAGGAGCAUUGAUUGACUGGGCCUCAAAGGACAAAUCCAGCAAAAAGAAUGUUAUUGAGCUAAAAACCCGCCAAGGAACUGAGCUCUUAAUUCAGUCUGAUAAUGACAGCUUUAUUAAUGAAUGGUAUAAAGUUCUUAACUAUACCAUCAACAAUCAGGUAGUAGAGUCUGAUGAAGCAUUAGAAGAUGAUGUACCAGAUUCCCCUGGGGUUGAAAAACAAGACAAAGAAAAAGAGAAAGAGAAUAAAGACUCAAAGAAACUUCGUUCAGUGAAAGCACCUAGCAAUAUAGAUUCCACAGAUCAGAAGAAGACCAAAACGAAGCUCAAAAAGUUUCUUACACGACGCCCUACGUUACAAGCUGUCCGUGAAAAAGGCUACAUUAAGGAUCAAGUGUUUGGUUCCAAUCUCACCAGCUUGUGUCAAAGAGAAAACAGCACGGUGCCAAAGUUCGUGAAGCUGUGCAUUGAGCAUGUUGAGGAACAUGGAUUAGAUGUUGAUGGCUUAUAUCGAGUUAGUGGCAAUCUUGCAGUGAUACAGAAGCUAAGAUUUGCAGUCAAUCAUGAUGAGAAACUAGACUUGAAUGACAGUAAAUGGGAAGAUAUACAUGUCAUCACAGGAGCUCUAAAGAUGUUUUUCAGAGAAUUGCCAGAGCCGCUGUUCACUUAUAAUCACUUCAACGACUUUGUCAAUGCAAUUAAACAAGAACCACGGCAGCGUGUCCAUGCUGUUAAAGAUUUAAUCAAACAGUUGCCAAAACCAAAUCAGGACACUAUGCAGGUACUCUUUAGACACCUGAAGAGAGUUGUAGAAAAUGGAGAAAAGAACCGAAUGACCUAUCAAAGCGUAGCAAUAGUUUUUGGUCCAACCUUGUUAAAACCAGAAAAAGAGACUGGUAACAUAGCAGUCCACACAGUAUACCAGAAUCAGAUUGUAGAAUUAAUUCUACUGGAAUUGAAUUCCAUCUUUGGACGCUGACAUUCUUCUUGGAGUAGAAACUGGAAGUGAUGGGUUGGCAGCAGUACUCCAUCCGAAGGAAAGUCUCUUGCUGUACAUGAUGUAUUAUGUCUGUGGACCAAGCAGCAACUUGUUUUUUGCACUUUUGGGGAGAGGAGAAAUGUUUGACCACUUUAAUGCGAAUUAAAGACAACACUUUAGAUUUCUUUGAAAAGUUCAAUGUAAAAAGUGAAUUGAACAGUUUAUAAAGUAGCAUUGGGAAAAUGUAAUAUAGGUUCAUACACUGGAUUUCUUGGAGAGUAAAGCUAUUAAUCUCAAACUGGAUAAUCUGGAAUUUAAUCUUAAAUUGUAUCCACUUGACAGGGAAAAGUCCUACCAACUGGUAUGAAAAAAUUCAGUGAAGUUACAUCUUUAGCUUGUGUAUUACAACCUACUCAGAUCUGUAUGACACUUUUCCAGGGGGUUUCUGCAUGCAGUGACUGUCUAAAACUUGCACUAACAGUUUGGCUUAGUUAAUUCAAAUCUAAUUCCUCACUUGAUAUCUGCUGUCCUUUUUCCUUUUUUUCCCCUCCCUUUUUCUUUUUUUUUUUUUUUAUGUUUUGUCUUCCUUUUUCCCCAGCAACCUUUCUGGAACUUCUUAGUUACUUUAUAGAGCAGCACACUAUUUCAAACACUGAACUUGUAAGGAUAUCCAGCAAUGGAUAUUUGUUUUGUGGCAUAAUAGUUAUAUUUAAUAAACAUGUUCAUUUUUUUCAGGGUAUUUCCUGAGCUAAGUUUUGUGUUAUACUGAUUUAAAGGUAAAACCC